GAGCUGCCGCCUCCGCCUCGGAGGAGCCAAGCCCGGAGCGAGAGCCGGCAGCUGGCCCUCGAGUAGCCGCCGCCAUGGGGAACCGCGUUUCGCGGGAAGACUUCGAGUGGGUGUACACCGACCAGCCGCACGCCAGUCGGCGCCAGGAGAUCCUGGAGAAAAGAGGGUGAACCUGCUCUUCUUCCUUCUGAGUCUUUUCAAGAACAUUCUGAAUGACUUAUCCCAAGAAAAAGGUCCUUCUUCCUUUUGCUGCCCUGGGUUAAACAUACUUGACAACACACAAAAGAUGUUCAUUGUAUCUGGGCUUCCAUCUCUGGAGUGGCAGGUUACAGAGAAGAAUCUGCAUUUGCCUGUAGGCAACACUUGCCUGAAAUGCGGAGACUUAUAUUACUGGCCUUUUGCAUAAUACUUGGAUAUUUCACUCAAAGUAUCCAGAGAUAAAAUCCUUAAUGAAACCUGAUUCCAACUUGAUAUGGAUUGUAAUUAUGAUGGUUCUCACUCAGUUUGUUGCAUUUUACUUAGUAAAGGACUUGGACUGGAAAUGGGUCAUGUUUUGGGCAUAUGCCUUUGGCAGCUGUAUUAAUCAUUCAAUGACUCUGGCUAUUCAUGAAGUUUCCCACAACAGUGCCUUUGGCCAUUGCAAACCUAUGUGGAAUCGUUGGUUUGGAAUAUUUGCUAAUCUCCCUAUUGGUGUUCCAUAUUCAAUUUCCUUUAAGAGGUAUCACAUGGAUCAUCAUCGAUACCUCGGAGGUGAUGGCAUCGAUGUGGAUAUUCCAACUGAUUUUGAAGGCUGGUUCUUCUGUACCACUUUCAGAAAGUUUAUAUGGGUUAUUCUGCAGCCUCUCUUUUAUGCUUUUCGACCUCUGUUCAUCAACCCCAAACCAAUUUCUUAUCUGGAAAUUAUCAACACUGUGAUCCAGAUCACCUUUGACGUUGUGAUUUACUACGUUUUGGGAAUUAAAUCUUUAGUCUACAUGUUGGCAGCAUCCUUACUUGGCCUAGGUUUGCAUCCAAUUUCUGGACAUUUUAUAGCUGAACAUUACAUGUUCUUAAAGGGACAUGAAACUUACUCGUAUUACGGGCCUCUGAAUUUACUCACCUUCAAUGUGGGUUACCAUAAUGAACACCACGACUUCCCCAACAUUCCUGGAAAAAGCCUUCCCCUGGUGAGGAAAAUAGCAGCUGAGUACUAUGACAACCUCCCCCACUACAAUUCCUGGAUAAAAGUACUGUAUGAUUUUGUGAUGGAUGAUACAAUAAGUCCCUAUUCCAGGGUGAAGAGGCAUCAAAAAGGCAAAGUGGUUCUGGAGUAAAUGUCAUUAAGGCCAAAGGAAUUCCUCUCUGAAACUUCAAAAUAGCUGAGAAAGUGGAAUUUUUUGCAUUAUUAAGACCAGUGAUAUUUAGAAGCUGCCCUCAUACAAAUUCAAAGUAUGAUCUUCAUGGUAUUAAGAAGCUAACCUGGCUUUAAACAGCAUGUCUGUGCAGUGUUCAGCUUUACUUAUAGGAAACUUGUUCAUUGUAUUACCACUGUGGUGGAUGUUUUCACUUAUGUCUGACACUUUGUAAGCAUAUCAUAAAAAAAGCUUUUAAAAAGCUAUUUCUAGUAUGUUGUUUUCACUCUAAGGAUUUACUUUAUUAAAACAGCUAAUAAACUGAGGUAUUAAUGACAA